UGAAUUACUAGAAAAGGAGAGAAGUGGCAGAGGAAAAAAAAAGGUAUAUUUUAGAAUCUACGAGCGGAUGAGGGUGAUAACAAUCGAUUUUUUAGCGAGGAAAAACCAGGGUUACCGAGGUAAUAAUGAAUUUUUACUGUCGUUAAUUUUGAUGUGAAUUGAUCCCGCAUAUAUCAACAGAAUUUUCAGGAGACGUCGUAGAUUUACGAUAAAUCUAUGAGAUCAAACACAAAAAGGUUUUUGAUGUGAUCCAAAUUUUUCAGAAGACUAGCAAAUUAGCAUGGGUAAGAUUUCUUUUAUCAAACGUUUUCCCCAGAUGUUGAAUAAUAUUUGAAACUAGAUCCUGUGGAAGCGUGUUUACAUAUGGCCAAAGCCCUCCGAUUAAAACCACCGGGUAGAGAAAUAUCCAAAAAUAUAUAUAUAUAAAUACAUAUGUUAAAUGCAUCAGGAUAACAUUUUCGAUCACACAAGAUUGAAAAAAAAAUUAUAUCUGGCGGAUAAGAAAUAUAUAGUAAGACUAGGAUACUUCGAGGAUCGACGGAAAUUUACAUUUUGGGCAGACGAUGGCCACUGAUGAAUUCAAACAAGAAAGGUAAUUUUGUUUUAUAUCAUUUGGUUUUGAUCAAUUCUUCUACAAAGAAAGUUUCCAUUUUUUUUAAUGAUUUCUCGCUAUUUUUACCGCCAGAUUCGUUUAGUAAGCUGUACAAUCAUUCAAACCAAGAGUUUCGUCUUGGAAAAUUAAAAAUAAAUCAUUUGAACUCGUAUUUAUCAACAUUGGUGCCUCUAGAAGACCGGAAAUCGAAAAAAGGCCAACUUCACAUUCGUUGCAUGUGUGAUGCUGGUAAUAUGAGUUCGCACCUUUUUUAAGACAGAAAACCUGCAAGUUCUACUGUUUGUUUUUUAAACAAAUCAAUUUUCUAUUACGUAUAUUACGUCAUCCGGAUGACACAAACAGGUUUUCCAUGAUUCAUUCAUUUUCGGCUUUUAUUCGAUCUCAACAUCUUCCCCAAAAAUAAAUCCUUGAUGUAAGUCGCUAAGAAUUGCUUCCGCAGUGGUCCUUAUCCUAAAAGAAUAUUGCUAUAAAUCCCUAGCACUACAGCAUUAAACAAACUUUGCCUUAGGCAGUAUAGAAACGGGAUAAUCCCCACAUCUGUCACCAUGACGACAAGCCGACGAGCCAAGCCGGCUCGUAACGAUGUACACCUUGACUCUAUGCUUCUCUCCAGCCCCUUUCACUCGGCUUCACAGCAUGUACUGCACCGUCAUUGAUAGCCUGCUCGCUUACAGGUUGUUAUUUUUAGCUUUCGAAACCCAUGAAUGAAUCUUCAUCAUUCUACUUUGCUGGUAAAAUUUUUGCGGGUUUUUGCAGCCCUCAAUCCUUCAAAUUUCCAAGGCAACUGAAGCCUUCAUGAGAUGAAAAUAGUCCAACGAACAAACCAGGUUUUUGAAAACUAUCACUUGAGAGGAGGGGGGGGGGAAUUAAAAGGAUUUUGAUUGUGUCACGAUAAAAAUUAUCUGAUCCCCUACAAGGCCCUUUGAUAUUCUUAUGAACAACACCCCCACCUUCAUUACCCCUCUAUUCUUUGUUGAUCCCCACAACCCCCCCCCCCCUCACACACACAAUCCUCCACCUCCUCCUCGGGCAAUUACGACUUUACGACUGGUCUCUAAUUAGAGAUUACAACUUUUCAAAUCUACAAGAAAUAACUUUCAAAAAGGUUUCUUAUCCUAUUUACGUCACAUAAUAUUAGAUAAUACAUAGAAAAACAUUAUGAGCGAAGUAUUCCAACCGAAUCGAGCCGGCCGACAUUUUAACACCUUUUGUUGUAAAUAUAUUUUCCAGCUUAAGCAAGCGUCGCUUUACUAUACGAAGCUUUAGGACUUUUGAACCUCAAUGCAAGGAAUAUCUCUUUCAAAGUGCAACUCCAGCAUGGUUGGACACAAUGAACAGGAGCACACAAAUUUAGUAAGUUUUGCAACUCCUCCUAUGUUUAAGCAACCUGUUACUUUAAGAGACCUGUUCUUUAUGCUGUCAACAAAACUAACACUCUUUUCCGUUUGUUCCCUUGAAAACGGUGUAAGAUAAGUACAGUUCAGAAACACCUUGAAAAUAGCCUGUCCCUUUCAAACUUUUCAGAACGAUAAAUUUUGAUAUGCUGAUUCCAAUUCAAUAAUGAAAAAUUAAGGUCACCGAGCUCGUUCUUGAGUUACAGGAGCAUACCACUAAAAAAUUACGAGUUUUCUACGAAACUACAUUGUUCCUAUGGUAGCCUUAUGACUCAAAAGAGGUUCUCAACGGGUUGAGAAAUAAUUGACCAUAUUUUGAAACCAUUUUCAAUGAAACUAACAAAUACGAGUGAAAGCUACUAUCAGUCGAGGAAAACGAGUUAAACUGUUUCGAGCCACUUUAACUGAACAACAAAGUACAAAUUCAAUUCGCCAUUCAUAAGAAAAAGGACGUUUACAGCACAAAAUUAGUAAUUUUACAAAUCUCAUUAAAAACAGUAUUGUAAUAGAUGGCAAGGGAGCCUCCAGAAACCACGGGGCUUAUGCAAGGGAGGUAUUCAAGCUUGAAAAAAAAAAAAGAAAAGAAAAAAAACAUACGUCUAUGUAAGUGGCAAGCCAAACCACCAAUCUUAAAAGUCUGUAUAUCAAUCGAGCACUGAUUGCAUGAUUUUAAUCGGAGUCGAUACUUGUGUUUGAGAACAGAAGAAACCCGUAUUUAGUGGAAGCCCUUACGUACCUUGUUAGUGUACGCCUAUAACAAUGUGUCCACUUGGUGCAGGUUAUAAUUUAAGCAGUUCUAACGAGCCGGAGUUGUCGGUCUUUUCAGCCUUCACAUUUAUAAUAUGCUACUUACCUAAAGCAGUAUUUCUGAGCUCUGCACAGUCUAUGAAGGCGGACGGCUAUGAAGCUGGUAGUUUCGUUUACGAUUCAUUUAGUUUCGUUUAAGAUUCAAAACCUGUGGCUUCUUUCUCUGCGUUUAACUAUUAAGGCCAAAUUUGUAGCUCACCCCCCUCCGGUGGAGGGAUGGGCUAUGAAGUAAGACAUAUUUUUUUUUCCUAUUUCUUCAAUCAGAUAUGUACAGUCUCCUUUCUUUCAGGCACAGUCUAUACCCCGCGUCAUAGCAAUCAAUGUUGGUGGAUACUAUUUUGAGACUAAGUUGUCUACAUUGACCAAGGAUAAAGACUCUAUGUUAGCCGCCAUGUUCAGCGGCCGGCACGAACUGGACACGGACAGUGAAGGGAGAUAUUUUAUCGACCGGGAUGGAACGUACUUCAAAGAAAUCCUGAAUUAUCUUCGAGACAGUACGCAGCUGCCAAACGCUGACAGAGCUCUCGAGGUAAGAACUUAACAGUCAUCUUGAGCCUUCAGGCAAGGAAGAUAUAUCUUUCUUAAGGUAUCGACUGGCGACAGUUGUUUCCAGUUUUAUAAGUAUUUUUCUGGAAUUAUAAGAGCAUAGAGACCUUGUUUACAUGCUUCCAAUUCUUAUCAUUAAUAUUAUUAUUAUUAUUAUUAUUAUUAUUAUUAUUAUUAUUAUUACUAAAGCCAUGACAAUGUCGAAUCUCUUAUGGUGUAUUCCCAUUCAGGUAAAAAAGGGUAACGUCCUCCACAUUUCACCAUAACUGAAGGCGAACGGAAUUGAAGUGUUGAAAAUUCAGCGUGCUCCUUAAAGGCUAAAUGAGUAUUUCAUUAUUGCAGGUUUACAAAGAAGCGCAAUUCUACCAAAUACAAGGCCUGAUUGACACUCUAGAUCGUUUCUCAAACGUCUUUGCACAUAAACUAGAAGAGGCAAAGAAAUCUAAGCUGGGAAGCGAUUUUGAAAAGUGGCAACAACAGAUCAUCACUUGCGCACAAAACAAGAGCCUUCAAAACUUGACGUCAACAAGCAAAGUGAGCCUGCUGUCGCAAGAGGAUCAUAAAAAGGUCAUGGAAUGCGGAGACUGCAUUGGUCCGCAUGCGCACAAUCUGGUAGUAUCCAAACCUGCUACACAAGGAGUUGUUCAUCACCAGGAGACAUUUGAUUACGUACAGCGACGGUUCAGGGAAACUGACCUUGUUGUUUGUAUUCUAUCGAACGCAGAUAUGAAAAUGUUCAUAAGUAUCACCGAGGCCGACUUGAAAAAUAAUGGCUACUGCGUUAGCUUUCGUGAGGAAAAAAUCCGCUGCAAGAAUGUCAAGCUGCAUUAUGGGAUAGGGAAAGAGGAGUGUCGAUUUAACGUCACGGAACACGUGGUCGAGUUUGAAUGGUAAAUAGGCUACCUUGACUAGCGUUCACGAGCCCCGUGGGGGUGGGGGUGGGGGAUGUUCCCCAUUUUAUGUUCUUCCCCCUCCCCCAUAUCAAGAAGUUCCUACCCCCGUACGCAUUCCCAGGCUCCUCCUAUCCUUUAUUGUUUUGAGCUCCUACUCUCCAGUCCCCCUCCACCUAGGAGUGGUCUAUAGAAAAGGCGUCAUUUUUGCGUGUUUCAGACAAGCACGUUGGAAACGCGAAAGGCGAGACAAUCCUCGUGCGCGACUUGCUCCUCGCGCUCGACUCGCAUCAACUUCCGCUCGCCUGAUACGCAAAAAAAGAAAUACAGCUUGUUCCACAGAAUUCUUUGUGGUGUGAGGCUGUAAAAUGGAUUGCUUUAUUUAAAUACGUUUACUGGAAUUCCCCUCUAAGACCUUAAUGGAGGCGUGUCAGGAGACUAUGGAUAUUUAAGUGAAGCGGGCGGAUAAAUCAAGAUAACGUUGAAAUUUAGGUGUCUUGGUUUCCCAGACACCUAAGAGCGUCCGAAACGAUGCUAGCGAAGAACGCUCACUUUACUCAUUUAACACAAUGGAAUCACUUCUGCUUGUACUUUUCAGCCACAAAAUUCUUUGAUUGAUCAAGCUAUGCUAAAUUUUUAUGACCAAUCUAGGUACAUAAAGUUUUACGUAAGUUUUUGCGCUUCUGUUUUUAAGACAACCUAAAGAAAAUCCUCAAGAAAAAAGCGGGUUGUUAAAGUCAAAUUUAAUUUACAGUGAAAAAAUCAGAGUUAUAGCAGUUAAUACAUUUCCAUUUUGGUCACUAGAAAUGUUCUUUACGGUUAACUUUUUUUACGACUUAAAAUUCGUCAAUUUUUACACCUAACGACUUUUUAGUUUGGCCGUUUUUAAGCGAUCGGUUAACCAUAAUGAGCCUCUCAUUGAUAGCCGCACUUGGCAAAAUAUUUCCACAAAACUAUUCUGACUGUUUCCCUUUAUACAGAUUGUCGAAAUAGUUUUGACAAUUUUAAGGUUGAAAAUGCUGCUUAGCUGUUAACCUUUCCUCACAAAUCUGAACAAAUAAAAAUUAAAGAGGUACAGUAUUCAGCGAUAGAUGUCUUAUCGAUAAUACGCACGACACUCGAAGUGUUUCCAGAGGGAAGUCGCCAUGAAUAUUGAUGAUAGAAACUGACUGAACAAAGGUGAAUAAAAAGGCUUUUACAGGACCAAAUAUCUGAGCCGAUUGUUUAUAUACAACACACCUUGAUACCAUCUUCAGUGCAGUUAGCCCUUAACACCCUAACAUCAUUAUGAAUAUUCUCCAUACUGUUCUCUGUACAAAUCCUGUGGUGCUGAAAAGGAGAAUUUGUUUAACACUAAAGAGCUUUUUUAGCUGGUGAUCAUUUCUUUCAAAUCUCGUUACCUUAAUGUGUGAUACAGGGGUGAUAUUGUGAGGAGAAACUAGAUGCUAGUCACUGAGGAAUAUCUUAGAGAUUAAACGACUAAUAUCAGUUAGCUUUAUUGACGGUUGAAAAUAAAAAAUGGAAUAUUUUUAAACUGUUAAGUAUAAAGAUUUUAAGCCUUUUUGAUGGUUGAGGACCAGCUG